CUUUUCUCUCUUCUUUGCCCUUAAUUUACAGUCUAUCCACAUAAUGAAGAUUUUGGUAAAAUUCAUUUUGAAUUUACAAAAAAUAUUGCGAGCAAAGCGAAUGCAUUAGUCAUCAAGCCGUCAAACAUUCGAAUAUGGAUACACGAUAAGGACAUAGAUAAAUUAAUGAAAGUUGUGUUAGAGGGUCACGGACAGAAGUUGAGACGUGAGGUAGCAAGCAAUAUAAAAGUUAAAAGAUUUCUAGAAUAUGUUCCACAUUUUAUGGGUCUUAUCAAGUCAAUACAUUCAGCAGUCGUUGAAAAUAAUAUUGAAUUAUUACAAAGCAAAACAUCCCUACCUGUUCCUCCUCAAAUGCUUUCAUGUAAAGAUACGAAUGGAUUGACGCCACUCCAUAAAGCAUCUGGUCUUGCUCACACGAAAAUUGUUGAAUAUUUGCUUGAAAUGUGGCCAAAUGCGGUACAGGAAGUUGAUAAUAGUGGAAAGACUCCAUUGCAUUAUGCAGCGUCUGUAAGAAAUAAUGAAAGGACAUUUAAUCUACUCGUUCAGGCUGGUGCUGAUGAGAGUGCUAUUGAUGGGAAAGGACGAACGCCUGCCUUCUAUAAAAAGGCAAAAAAUAGCGACGAUAUCGAUCGAGGAUUAUUAACUGUCAUUCCUGAUGCACCACGAAUAGCUGAACAAGGAUUUCCAUCACACUUCUCAUGGGAUAAUCUACCUGCCAAAUUUUAUCAACCACCUCUUAAAUUCUCACGUUCUGAAAUUAAUUUAAGUAGUAAUAGCACAGAAAAUGUCAUGAAGCAGUCAAGUUCAGCUUUUGAAAUACUUAGUACAACAGAUAGCAAUAUGAAUAAUGAAGAAAAUAAUGAAGAAGAUAUUCAAAAAGUAGAUUUUAUGACAAAUGAACGUCCAAAGACUUUUAACAAAAAAGACCUCAAUAAUAAUUCAGCAAAAUCAAAUGGAACAGACGAGAUGAAUGAUGACGAUGAUGAUGUUCAUACCGUCGAGACAGCAGAGACUGAAACUUUAUUGCCAGAUGACAAACAUGGUUUGAAUGGCAUCGAAAACGGUAUGAAUGGAGAUGCAGAUGAUGAAGGAGAGAACCCUGAAGAUCUAGAUGACUCAGAUAUCAAAUCAGAAGGAAAUAAAGAAGUAGAUACUAAUGAUAGUAAUGAAUUUGUUGAAGUGAAUGAGACUGAUGCUGAGCCGCAAAUUGAUGGAAGUGACCAAAAUGAAAAUUUGGAGCAAGAGAGUGAGAAUUUAGAGGCUGAAUUACUUGAGAAUGAAGAUUUACUGGCUGAAAAUGAAAAUUUAGAGCCAGAAGCUUCUGAAAAUCAAGCAACUGAGCCAGAAGCGUCUGAGAAUAAAGAAAUUGAGCCAGAUGCUCCUGAACAUCAAGAAAUUGAACCUUUAGAAAUUGAGCAGGAACCUUUACAAAAUGGAGAAGAAUUGCCAGAAAACGUGGAAACUGAGGAACAAUCUUUAAAUGAUGAAACAGAACCAAUUGAGAAAGAAAAUGAAGAAGUAGAGUCAGUCACUUCCGAUAAUGAAGAACAAACGAUCGUCAAUAAUGAUAAUAAUGACUCAGCAUAUGAAACUAAUGGCAUCGAGUCUCAUAGUCGCAUGCAAUCGGCCGACACGAAUAACAAUGAUAAUAACGAAAAUGAAUCAGGUGAAAAUUUUGAGAAUUUACAAGACGACAAUCCAAAUGACGAUAAUAAUGUCGACAUAUUAAUAAUUAAUAAUCAAGAAAACAUUCCCGAAGAGGUAGAAGAAGAUCAACAAAGUGUUGGAAAUGAGGAAUCGAUAAAUGAUAAAGAAAUUGAAAAAAUUGAAAGUCAUGAUGAUGACGAUGAUGUAAUAACUAGUGCUGAAAAUACCAGAGAGACUGGAGACAGCACAAAUGAGAAAGAUGCAAAAGAGGAAGAUGAUGAUGAGGAAAUUGAUGAAAAUGAUAUUGGAAGUCCAAGUCCACCAUUUGAAGGCAUCGUUCAUGAAGAGCCCGAAAAGCAAAAUGAGUCUCAAGGACGAGAAUUCGAAAAAGCUCGCGAUGUGGAGAACGGCGAAAUCAAUGAGCCAUACAAUGAAGAAGAUAAUGUCCAGAAAAUUAUAAACUCAGGAGAUAUGGAGCAAUUAGCAAUAUUAGUAUUAAAUGGCGAUGGAAAUAAAUUGAUAGGAAAGACAACGACUCAACCUGAUAUUCAGGCUUUUCUUGACAAUGUUCCAAUUUAUAUGGGAAAAAUUCAUAAAGUACAUGCAGCAGCACGUGAAGGCAGCCUACGAGAUUUACAGGCUGCUCUAGACAGAAGAAAAUUCUCGACAGCUAAAGAUGAAAUAUCCCCAAAUGGAACCACGCCAUUACAUGUCGCUAUAAUUUUCGGACAUACAGCUAUAAUUCGAUAUCUUGGCUCGCGAUUUCCUGAGACACUUGCUGCAACCGACGAUGAAAAUCGAACAGCUUUACAUUAUGCAGCAACAAUCAAGGACAAUGGACAUUUCUAUAAUUUAUUAGUGACAUUAGGAGCAAAUCCAAAGGCUGUAGACAAUUACGGGAAUACAGCCGAAUUCUACUUGAAUCACGAUGAGUCUGAUAAAAUAUUAUCUCACAAAGAGCUGCUCAAAUCAUUUGGAGCAGCUGAAGAUCUAGCUGAUGAAAUGCUAAACGAUCAAGAAUUCAAAAGUAACGCGCCAGUAGAAAUCCCAUUAUUUAGAACUGAAGAAGGUCGAUAUCUUGCAACAUCACUUGGAGAUCCAUUAAUCAAAGGCCUUACUGAAGUUGCAAAUUUAAGACCAAACGACCCAAUUGGGUUCCUAGCAAAUUAUCUCCAAACUUUUGCGGUUGAUGGAAGACAGAAAACAUCAACGACCAAUAAGAAAAGUGAAAAAAUUGAAAAAAUCGAAAUAAAACCGGAACUACCAAAACCUGUCGUAAUUCAGAAUCAUGUUCAACCGCUGUCAUCGAAAACAGCAAAAGUCAUGCCUGUCAAGGAAAAGAGUGUCGAGAAUCUCAUUGAUGAUCAUUCUGAUGAUUAUGAUGUCACCCCUGGAAUGGAUGAAAGAGAUGAACACGGACAGAGCAUGCUUCACUUUGCAGCUGCACGACAACAUGGCAAAAAUGCUUUAUUUCAAUUAAUUGAAGAAUCUGGUGUAAGCUUGACUUAUCGAGAUGAAAUCUAUAGAACGGCACGUGAUGUCUCGCUGCAAGCUAGUCAACCUGAUAAUUGUAAAGAAAUUGAUCGAUAUAUUUUGAGUUUGGCAGCGAGAGGCGACUACGAGACGAUUGUGGCUAUGGUUUUAGAUGGUUAUGAUCAUAUAGUCGAUGUGACUGAUAAUGAUGGUGCAUCAAUAGCACAAGUAGCUAAAGCAAGAAAUCAUCAUGAAUUAGCGAAUUACCUUGAUCAAAUACGCGAAUUUGAAGAAAAUCGUGAAAGAUUGCUUUUCGCUAUUCGUCAUGACGAUCUCGAUACAGUCAAGGAGACGCUCCAAUACAAUGAUGGAGCAAAACUCGCUCGUGCAAAAAAUUAUUAUGGUCGAUGCAGCUUGCAUGUUGCUGUUUUAGUUGAGAACGAAGAAAUGGUUGAGUAUAUUGCGAGCAAUUUUAGACAGACUUUAAAAGUUGGAGAUAAUUUGGAAAGAACCUCUCUUCAUUAUUCAAUGGGAAUCAACAAUGUUGAAGCUAUAAGUAGAAUUCUUAUCAAAAAUGGUGCUAAAAGAGUUAUGAAGGAUCUAAAAGGACGUACAGCUAGUUUUUACUACAUAAAUAAAGGAGACAUUGCUCGAUUACAGGAGGAAGAGAAAUUAUAAAUUAAGUUAAAUGACGUCUGUUGGAAGUAAAUCUGGGAUCAAACAAAUUAAUUUACUAAUCACAUGAAUGUUUUCAUAAAUUAGCUGUUUAGUGGUCACUUACUCAAUUAUUAUAGUGUUGUUAAUUACCCGUUAAUAUAUUUAAUAAUUUACUAUUGCCUUUUUAAUGCGUAUUGACGUGUUUUCCUCCUCAUUUUUUUAUGUCAAUGCUUUUCAUUCUUUCUGAAUUGUACAAUAUAUGUGUAGAGAGAGAUUUAUGAGAAAGUUUAUACAACUUAUUAAUUGUAUGCAAUAAAAAUCAAUUAAAGUGUUAUAAAAAUGUCAUCGUCGAUGACUUACAGAAAUAUGAAUGUGGAAAUAAAUAAAAUAAUUAAUGUAAUGUUAUA